AUGAGUGACAUUGAGAAACUGACGCAGCUGCUCCUGCAGCAGGCGGAGUUGUCGGCGCAGCGGGAGCGAGACUCAGCGCAGCGCGAGGAGCGGCUCACUCAGAUGGUGGAGCGACUGGUCGCCGACCGACAGCCACCCGCUACCGUCGCUGCCGACGAUGCCUCGGCGGCGACAGCCGCCCGGACGUCGGCUGCCGCCCCGCCCGUGCGCCUGCCUGCUGCUGCAACGCCGGCGCCUCAGCUGUCGUCCUCCACAUCCCUGCGCGACUUCGCUGUAUGGAGGGAGAAGCUGGACGGGUACAUGCUUCUGACCGGCGCGUCCGCGCUGCCCGUCACUGCCCAGAGAGCUGCCCUUCUCAGUCUUCUCGACGAAGAUUGGCACCGGGUGCUGCGAUAUGGACUGACGAUAGCGGACGACUCUCCCCUCUCCGCGGUGGUAGACGCAAUGGAGAGUCAUCUCCGUAAGCAGCGCAGUGUCCUGGUCGACCGCCGUGCGUUCUACGCCCGUGUCCAGGAGCAGGGCGAGAAUUUUGAGGAGUUUCUGUGCGAAGUGAAGGAGCUCGCGGCCUUUUGCGACUUUUGCACACACUGUUACGACUCACGCCUGCGUGACAAGAUUGUGUGUGGCCUGCGGGACGAGGAGACGGUGAAGCGUCUGUUGGAGGAUCCGGGGCUGGACCUCAAGAAGACGGUGGACAUCUGCCGUGCGUCAGAGAACGCCCGGGCUACCUGCUCCGACCUCCACUCACCGACGGCCGCCAUCUGCAACUCGUGUGGCCAGCGCGGCCACUUUGCAGUGGUGUGCGCCCAGGUGGCGCGCGAGAGCGCCGCUGCCCCCGCCGAGCGCGCAGCACCGGAGCGCGCGCGGCCCGCGGUGGGGCAGCCGUCAGAGCCGCGCAUCUGCCGUGUCAUCAGAGACGUCUACGUGAACGGCAUAUCGACGCGGCCGACUCCCACUGUGACUGUCCGACUGUCUACGCCGGCUGGUGUGUUCACCGUGUCGGCCCGGGCCGACUCCGGCGCCGAGGCGACAGUCAUCGGCGAAGACAGCCUGUCUUCCAUCUGCGUGGAACCAGCGCAGUUGGAGCCCUGCAUCGGCCAGCCAUUUUCAGCAGUAGGGAAACAGCCGCUCACCUGUGUCGGGUCGUUCCGGGCUACUCUGGAGCUGGGCGACCGAUCGACCACCGCUGCCGUGUUCGUCAUCAGGGAGCUGACUGGCCUGCUACUCAGCUGGUUCGACUGUGUGGCGCUGGGGAUUCUGCCGAGGGAUUUUCCGGCACAGAUCCGGUCCGUCGAGGACGCACCGCGCCCUGCUGAUGACGUCACGGCCUCUGUUGACGUCACAUCCGCUGGUGACGUCACACCCUCUAAUGACGUCACACCGUCUGCACCGCCGGCCGCUGCCGGCUCCGCUCGUAGCGCCAGCGGCCGCUCGGCCCCGUAUGAGGCGCCGCGUGACAGGCCCUGUCCGGCCACCGGGACCGAGACGGGCGCGCCGGCGCCGCCGGCCGAUGGACCCGGCCCGGCCGCCGGCCUCAGCGGUCCGCUGCCGGCCUGGGACAGCGACUCAGACCCACCGGAGGCGGUCCGUGCAGCUCAUGCAGCCGCUCUGAUGGAGUGUUUCCCGCGUGUGUUCGGGCAAGAUUCGACUCUUCGAGUCAUGGACGGCGGUCCGAUGACGAUCGAACUCCGGCCCGACGCGUGUCCGACGUCGGUCACCGCUGCGAGACCGAUCCCCUUCGCCUGGCGUGCCGAGGUAAAGGCGCAGCUGGACGACCUGCUGGACCGCGGCGUCAUCGUCCCUGUGGACUACCCGACGGAAUGGUGCCAUCCCAUUUCGUGCGUGCCGAAGAACCCGUCCGGGUUUCGACUCUGCGUGGACCUGACGGGACUCAACCGGUACGUGAAUCGACCCACGUACCCCUGCCGGUCUCCUCACGAUGCUGUGACGAGUCUGCCCGCCGGGCACCGGUGGAUGUCGACUCUGGACGCCAAGAUGGGCUACUUCCAGGUGCCGCUCGCUGAGUCAAGUCAGGACCUCACCUGCUUCAUCACGCCGUGGGGCAGGUUCAAGUUCGUCCGCUGUCCGAUGGGAUGCAGUGCGUCUGGAGACGAGUACAACCGGCGCGGCGAUGCCGCGCUCGGCGACAUCCCAAACUGUGUCAAGAUUGUCGACGACAUCCUGGCCGUGGCACAGACGUACCGGCAGCACCUGCAGCAGGUGAUCGAAAUCCUCCGGCGCUGUGACGACCGAGGAAUCACGCUGAACCCGCUGAAGUUCAAGUUCGCCCAGAAUGAGGUCAAAUUCUGCGGCUACAAGAUCACCCCGGCCGGCUACACCACCGACCAUGAAAAGGCGCGCGCCAUCGCUGAUUUCCCGAGACCGGAGAACGUCACCGACCUGCGGUCCUUCAUGGGUCUGGUGAAUCAGCUGAGCGGCCUCACACCGGAGCUGGCUGACUCGACUCAGGCCUUCAGAGACCUCCUCAAGUCGCGCCGGGUCUGGCGCUGGACUGAGCAGCACGAGGCAGCGUUUCUGCACACCAAGAUUGUGCUGUCGUCACCGCCGGUGAUGGCAUUCUUCGACCCCCAGCUGCCGACCGUGCUACAGACGGACGCUGCUAAAACCCGAGGACUGGGUUUUGCACUGCUCCAGAGGCACGGCGAGGACUGGCGUGUGGUCCAGUAUGGUUCACGGUUCCUGACCGAUACCGAGAGCCGAUAUGCUGUAAUCGAGCUGGAGCUGGCUGCUGUACUCUGGGCCUGCAAGAAGUGCCAUGUCUACCUGGCUGGCAUGCCCCACUUCGACCUGGUGGUCGACCACCGACCGCUGGUGACCAUCCUAAACUACAAGCAGCUCAACUCGAUCGACAACCCGCGUCUGCAGCGGAUGAAAGAGAAGUUGUUGGCCUACAGCUUCACCACCAGCUGGCAGAAGGGAUCGAGUCACGUGAUCCCAGACGCGCUCUCGCGAGCGCCCACCAGCGACCCCGCCGCUGAUGACGACGGAGCGGUGGACACCGAGGACGACCCGCUGCACGCCAGCGUCAUUGCCGCGCUGCAGGCCUCCGCUCGAUCGGAGGAGGGCGCCCAGCUGGCUCCGCUGGUCGACUCCACACUGGAGAGAGUCCGCGCCGCCGCGGAGCGCGACACCGAGUACCAGACUCUCAGCGAGCUGAUCCUGGCCGGAUUCUUGUGUUCGGGUAUAGGGGGUGUGUACUUGGACCGCCUCUGCGGCCCCACCUCUGUGUGCCUGGGAGCGCCCCUGCCGACGCUCAGCUGAUCGUGCGCGCCAAGCGGCAUGACUGGCGCGGGCGACUAGGCGUGGCGCUCGCCAUACUUGUUUAGUUUUUGGAGGACUCUCUCGGCCCAUUCGC